AUGGAAAAUCGUAUUGUUUUUACAAAAACUAGCGAUCGGUUUCAUAAUCUCAUCAACGAUGGCGAAACUCACCAAAGAUCUGGCACGCUUGUCAAAAUAAUAACGAAAUUAUUACCAUCGAAAACUCGGCGGGCGGCGGUGAUGGUCGGGUCGAUGCUGUUCGACGAUGGAUCGUUGGCGGUGGAGACGUCGACGUCACUCGCUGCACCCGUCGCGCGAUCUCUGUCGCAGUUGCAUCGAAAUGACUGA